CCCUCCCCUACCACCUUCCCUCCAUCUGCUGCCACCCUCCCUGUGCCCACUGCCACCCUCCCCUACCACCUUCCCUCCAUCUGCUGCCACCCUCCCUGUGCCCACUGCCACCCUCCCCUACCACCUUCCCUCCACCUGCUGCCACCUUCCCCUGCCACUUUCCCUCCCUACUGCUGCGUUCUGCCCACCCCUUCCACCUUCCCUCCUUACUUCUACCCUCCUCCCUCCCCUGCCACCUUCCCUCCGUACGAAUAGCCCUUCAUCUAUCUCUCUUCCACCUUCCCUUUAUCUUUUUAUCACUCCGUCUCUCUCUUCUACACUCCCUCCCUUCUCUUCUCUCUCUGCCCGUCUCUUCCAAAUUCCCUCUAUUUCUUGGUCUCACCUGCUCUUGUCUCUUUCUGGGGCUGUCCCAUUCCCCUGGUCCCGGCACCUCUGCCAGGCUGACUCGCUCGCUGGCCCGUCUCUCCCGCCCGCCCGUUCACAGCGACUCUCGUCCCCCUCCUUCCUUCCUUCCUUCCUUCCCCACCCCCUCGAUUUCUCCAGCUCUCUCUUUUCCUCCGUCCCCCCCUUUCCGCUCCGUGCCCCCUGCCCGCCAGCCUGGGGGUUGUGGCCCCCCUCCCCUGGUCUCACGCUGGCUGCGUGCUGGUUGCUGAAGCGCCAGCGAUGGGGGCCAGCCGGGGGGCCCCUCACCCCCUGCCUGCCCGUGCCCCCCUACGCCCAUGAGAUGGGAGUCAAGCAGAAUGGCCCCGAAGCCACCGUCCUGCCCGUGCUGGGGGCGCCGGGCGAGAACCUGCGGCGGCUCCACCUGCGGAAGGGGCUCCUGAAGGCCGAGGGGCGGCUGGCGGGCUGGGGCCUGGCCCUGGCGCUCGGGGGCAUCCUGCUCAUGGUGCUGCACACGGAGCUGGCCUGGUUCGGGGGCUGCAAGUGGUUUGCGUAUCUGUUCCUGGUGAAAUGCCUCCUCUCGCUCUCCACCGCUGCCCUGCUGGCCCUCAUCCUCGCCUUCCACGUCAAGGAGAUCCAGCUCUUCAUGCUGGACAACUCGCUCCAGGACUGGCGCGUCGCGGUGAGCGGCCCCAAGCUGGGCCUGAUCCUGCUGGAGCUGCUGGUCUGCUCCCUGCACCCCUUCCCCGACGGGGGCCCCCCCUGCCUGGGCCCCGAGCUGGGCCCCCCGCUGUCCUUCCUGCCGGGGGCCGAGGUGCCGCUCUCGCUGCUGAUGUUCCUGCGGCUGUACCUGGUGCCGCGGGCCGCGCUGCUGCAGAGCCGGGUGCUGGGGGACGCCUCGUACCGGACCAUCGGCUCCCUCAACCAGAUCCGCUUCCAGCACCCCUUCGUCCUGCGGCUGCUGGUCAACGGCCAGCCGGGCCGGGUGCUGCUGGUGCUCACCCUGGGGCUCUGGCUCACGGCCUCCUGGGUGCUGUCCGUCUGCGAGAGGGAGAACGGAGCAGGGCACCUGGAGGGGACGCUGUGGGUGAUCCCCAUCACCUUCCUCACCAUCGGUUACGGGGACGUGGUGCCAGUGACGGUGUGCGGCCGCAUGGUCUGCCUGUGCACCGGCAUCAUGGGCGUUGGCUGCACGGCGCUGCUGGUGGCGGUGGCAGCUGCCAAACUGGAGUUCAGCCGGGCGGAGAGACACGUUCACAACUUCAUGCUGGACACACAGUGCACCAAAGAGAUGAAGAACUCGGCCGCGAACGUCCUGCAGGCGGCUUGGCUCUUCCACAAGCACAGCAAGGCCAGGGCCGGGCGCCGGGCCCGGAUGCAUCACAGGGGCUUGCUGGUGGCCAUCCACAGGUUCCGGGAGGUCCGGGUUCGGCACCGGAAGCUCCGGGACCAGGUUAACGCCCUGGUGGACGUGUCCCAGCUGCAGACGGUUCUCGGCGAGCUCAGCACCGGCCUCAGCACCGCCCAGCGCGGCCUGGAGAAGCGAAUCGACGCCCUGGAGCAGAAGCUGGACGCGCUGACGCGGCUGGUGACGGGCGCCCUGGAGGCCAAACAACCGCCGGAGCCGGGGCUGCUCCAGCCCCAGGACACCCAGACAGGCCGGUGAGGUGUUGACCCGGUGUUGGAGCCCAGACCCUGGUCCAGGGGGCACCUGCCCCAUAGAGACCUGCAGGGACUCAGCCCCCGGUACCCUGAGUAGGACUGAAGGAGACACCACUUGGGGGGUUGGGAAUGGGUGGACAACAGCGCUACCUGGUGGCCGCAGCCCGGAACCGCACUUCCCAAGUGCAAGAGGGUCACACACCCAAAGGGGGGGCUGUCGGUUUUGCGACGUGCCGGGGGGGGGGGUGAAACACGGAGGGUACACGCCUUACUGGAGGGGAUCCCCACUGGGGAAUGAUCCAGGCAGGGGCCCACGCUGCGCAGACCCAGGCUGCAGAAGAUGGAAGGCACGUGCUUUGCACCAGUAGAUGUGAUUGUGAAGAGGCGUGCGAGGGCCCUAGGAUGUGAGUUAGGGAAGACGCACGCUUUGCACAAGGGGCUCUGGGAUUGUGAAGGCUCCAGCGCGUGUGACGCGGCAAGUGAAUGUGAGCUGUUAGGCAAAAAAGCUAGGCUGUGAAACAUGGUCAGCCUGUGCUUUGCACCAGGGGCACCAUGAUUGUGAACAGGCAUGUGAGGGUUGCCGGCUGUGAAACAUGGCAGAUGCAUGUUUUGCACCGGGGCUCUGGUAUGCGAGGGACGUAGUGUGUGAGACUUGGAAAGCACCUGCUUUGCACAAGAGGCUUUGGGAUUGUGAGCAGCCGUGCAAGCCUCUAGAAACGUGAAACACAGAGCACAUGGGUGUCGUAAUAGGUGGUGGCUCAGUGUGCGAGGGUGCUAAGUGUGAAAGACAGCGGUUCCCCUCUUUAGAUAAGACUGUGCACGCUCACACCAGGAGGCAGACCACAGAGGGUACGACCCUCAAUUGGGGCAAAUGGCUGUACGUACAGCACCAGGCGCGCCCAAGGCCAGUUCUUGUUGCUGACCAGCCUAGAGCACCAUGAAAUACCCAGGCUGGAAGGGCCCCUGGAGCAUGGGUUUAACGCGGGGGGCGCUGGUGCCUUGCACAUUUCAGCCAAGAGACAAACGCGAGGCCUUGGCCCAUUGUGGGCACUAGAGCCCUCCUGGUUCCCCCUCCUGCCCAGACUGAGGGCAUGAACCCAGGCGUCCUGGCCAAACCCAGCUCCCGUGAUUCCCUUCUGCUUCCCUAAACUCCCCACUGCAGUUGCAGUUCUCCCUCUCGCGCUGUCCUAAACACCCGGAGGUGGCUGCAUCAUCACCGAGGGGUCCCUGUGUAAACAGCCCCUGUCCCCCACCCCAGAGGUGGCCACAUCUCAGCGCCGGGCAAGGGGUGCCUGUCUAGCCAUUUAGGCUUAGAGUCAGGAACAUCCCAGGCAACUGUAUGUGUGGGGGGCAGGAAAUGGAAUCCCCUAAAUUAACAGGGGGUCCCCAUGACAUGACAGUCCCAGCGGGGUUAGACGGAGGGUGUGAAUUACCCCGCAGAGGUGGCGGGGGGGGAGUUUCAUGGCCAUCAGCUCUUCGGGGCAGGGACCAGCUUUGGGGUUGGGGUUUGUCCAGUGUCUGGGGCUGGGGCACCCCCACAGUGCCUGGCAUGCAGGGCCCUGGGGUACGGGAUGCCCAGCUGUGCUGCCGAACAGUGCCUGGCACAUGGGGCCCUGGGGUGCUGGAUGCCCAGCCAUGGUGCCGUACAGUGCCUGGUACGCGGGGCCCGGGGGUGAUGGAGGCCCAGCCAUGGUGCUGCACAUGGGGCCCUGGGGUGCAGGAUGCCCAGCCAUGGUGCCAUACAGCGCCUGCUACGUGGGACCCUCAUGUGCUGGAGGCCCAGCCAUGGUGCCAUACAGCGCCUGGCACGCAGGGCCCUGGGGUGCCCGAGGCCCAGCCGUGGUGCCGUACAGCGCCUGGCACGCAGGGCCCUGGGGUGCCCGAGGCCCAGCCGUGGUGCCGUACAGCGCCUGGCAGGCAGCGCUGGCUCCCGGCAGUUUGAUGGUCACGGACACAGCUGCUGCAUUGGAAAUAAAAGCCGUCUGCCCACCUGCCCGACUCCGCCUCUCUUC